AUGACAACUAGACAAAUAAGAAAAUGCGCAUUUAUCAACAGGCCAAUUGCCCCACACGACAAGUCCAGUGUAGUAUACACAGUUGGUGUCCUGGAUGAGAACGGCAGAUACACAGGAAAAGACACAAUCCUCUCUGUUUCUGGGCAGAUAAGAAAGAGCGGAGACGUCGACAAGCUUCUAUACGCAAGGGCUGCCGAAUUGAUCAACUAA